AUGUAAUCUAUUCGUAAAUAGCGCAUGAAUAAAAUCAUGCAAGUUUAAGGUGAAGUUGGAUAACAUAAAGGUUAUAAAGCUAUAAAAAUUGUAUCAAAUGCACAUGAACUUCUAAGAAAGAGUAAAUCACUUACAAAUUUUAUUGGAGAAUUAGCCAUUCAAGAUGUAAGUAAAAAACUGUUGCAAGAUCAAUUUAACUCUAUUAAAAGUUAUGAUAUUCCAAAAGGUGAAGAUAGACCAGGCAUUUAAUUCAAAUCUGUUCAUAGUAUGUAUGACUUACAAGCAUUAAAGAUAACAAAACUAUACAAAAAGAAUGAAAGAAAUGAGAUUGAAAAACAAGUUAGAUCUUAAUUAGCUAAAGAGCCAGAUAAAUAAUUACUUCUAUCUGAAAUUUAUGAAUAGUUGGAAGACAAUUCAGAUGGUGAAGUACUUAAGAAGAAAUAAAAAGUUAAAGAGGAAUCCUUAGCAAGUCAAUCAAAAGAAUAUGAUGAUUCUAAAGAUUAAUUGACAGAUCUUAAAUAAUGGACAAAGAAAAUGAAAGAAUAAAAGAAGAAGUUAUAAAAUAAAAAAGAUGAAAGUGAUACACUAGUCCCUCUACCAAGAAGUAAAGAGAGAGCAUUAACUGAAAUAAAGAAGCCUUUAGUUCGUUAAAAAGGGACUAGACAUUUAUAGAUUGAUAAAUCAAAUUCACCUACGAAUUCUCAAAAUACUCCUAAAUCUUAUAAGGAUAUUAUGAAAAAUGCUGUUUCUAAAACAAAAUAACUUAAGAGUUUAAAUGAAGAUCUUAGUGUAGAAAGAUCUGUUGAAUAAUAUCUAUAAAAAGCAUCUACAGUAGCCUUAAAUGAACUUAAAGAAAUAGGUGAACUUAAUGUUGAUGAAGAGAAAGGUCUUACAACUAAUUUUGAUUACACAAAUGAAGAUAUCUAAAGAAUGUAUAAUACUCUUGUAAAAGUUCAAAUGUCAUAAUUCAAAUCAGAAGCUGAGAAGGCUAAAUUUUAUAAAAAAUAAACGUAAUUAAUAGCUAAUAAAUUAAUUCAAAAGAUUAAAUAAAAUGAAUCAAUUAUUGAUGCUAGAGUUACAGCAUAAGAGAAAUUAAGAUUAGAAACUCAUGAUUUUCAUGAUAAAGUUAUUUAAAUUAAAUAAUUAUCUUAAUAAUUGUAAUAGGAAAUAUAAGAUAUGAAGGAUCCUAAAUUAUCAAAUAGUAUGUAGAUAAGUAAAUCUAGAAUGUCUUUAGUCAACCAAUUUAUGAAUUAGUAAAACAAAGAAAAAGAAUUAUAAUAAGAUUUGAAUGUCUUAAAAGAAAGUCGUAUUGCUUAUAAACAUAAAAUUCUUUUUAAUAAAAAAACAUUAGAAUAAAUAGAUUCUGAUAUUCAAAUUAAAAAAAAAGAAAAUAAAAAUUUAUAAAAAUGUCUUAUAAAUUUUUAUUUCUAAGUUUUAAAAAAUGGUUAAGAUGUUAGAAAUACAGGAAUAGCUUGGGUAAUAUCAAGACUAAAUUAACUAAAUGAGAAAUCUUCUUAUUCUUGUUUUCCAGAAUAUUUAGAUUAAAAAUCAAAAGAAUUUUUAUUACAAGUAUAAUUUAUAUAUAAUAAAGAAAGCUCUAAUGUUAUAAGAAAUAGAUUAAUUAGAAAAAGAAUUGAGUGAAUCUUUUAAAUAAUAUAAACAAGAAUAAUCACUUGAUAAUAGUUUAGCAAUAAUACAAUAAAGCUUAUCUCAUAAUGACUCUUUAGAAGUAUCAUCAUUACCUUCCAUAUUCCCUUAUGAUAGUCAUAAAUUAUCAGCUAUUGAUUUAACAUAGGCAAGAUAAGAAGCAACCAAAAGUAGUCGAAAUACUUAUUAACUUGAUAAGUUAGGUCCAAUUACAUUAGGUUUAACAAAUGAAGAUGUGGAGAAUUUGGAAAAUAUGUUAACAAGAUUAAAUUAAAAGAAUUUACCAGUUACAAAUGGAACUCUAAUUUAUAGAGAAACUUAAAAAAGAAUAAAACAACAUAUAAAAUAAUAAGGAUCUAUGGAUGUGUCUUAAAUUAAUGAUUAAUCAACAGUAUUAAAAGAAUAAGCCAUUCAUUCUUAUGAUAAAUGUAAUUCUUAAUUAAAUAAAUUAAAAAUAAAAGUAAAUCAUAAAAUAAAUUAAGUUAUCGCAUUUAGAUGAUGAAUAAGUAACUAGAAUUGUAAAAGAAUUUGACUAUAAGAAUUAUAGUAAAAGAUUUAGUAUAGAUCCAAUAACAGUAAUAUCUUGUUUAGUGGGAGGACCUCGAUGUGAUAGAGAGAUUGUGAAAUAGGGGAUGAAGAAAAUUCAUUAUGAUUGA